AUGGCCGACCGACCAUCCGGAUUGAUCGCGAAGAGCGGCUUGGAGUUGCYGACUUUCGGAACUCCCAAUGGCCACAAGGCUAGCAUCAUCCUCGAGGAGCUCAAGGAAGCCUAUGGAUCGCCAAACUAUGUUUAUCAAAGUAUCAACAUCAUGCAGAACAUCCAAAAGGAGAAAUGGUUCACAGAUAAGGGCCCAAAUGGUCGCAUACCUGUACUAGUCGACCACGAUGCUGGAGGCUUGGGUAUUCAGGAAGGCUCAGCCAUUCUUUCUUACGUGACCCGCCACUUUGAUCCAGAGCACAAGUUUUCCUUCACCAGCGAUCCGGAGUUGUCAUUGUGUGAGCAGUGGGUCGCUUGGCAGCAUGGCGGUCUGGGGCCAAUGCAGGGACAGGCCAACCACUUCUAUCGUCUUGCACGCGAGAGGAUACCCUACCCAACUCAGAGAUACGUUGGUGAGACGGAACGCCUCUACGGAAUUUUGGAUGCUCGUCUCAAAGACAACGAUUACCUGGUCGGGAACAAGUACAGCAUUGCCGACAUUGCAUCUUUCAGCUGGGUAAAUGUCUCUUACUUCGCUGGAGUCAAACUUGAUCAAUUCCCGCACUUAAAGAAAUGGUGGGAGAGAAUCAAUGCUCGGCCAGCGGUCAAGAAGGGUCUGGCUAUUCCCAAUGAGCCGACGAUUACGAACGAGCCGUACCUGAAGAAGGUUCAGGAGGACGCCGAGUAUAAAAAGAAGGAAGACGAGCUCAAGGAGCUUGCUGACAAGGCCAAAGAACAGUACGAUUACAAGUACUCUUCGCCGUAG